AUGGAAGAGCUUAUUGGGUAUGCGUUGUAUUUGUAUACACACACGUAUGGCUCGCUUCCGUCACAUCCCGACAUUCAAGACAACUUGGAUCUAGUAACGAUUACCCAAUCAUGGGUUUUGCGUAUGGUCGAAGAUGGCAUGGUCGACUAUGACUAUCCAGCUAUCGAGUAUAACUUAACUGUGGGACGGUUCGGUGAAGAUGAAUUUGCCUUGUGUCCCAAAACAUUACCGAAGUGUAUGUAUGCGAGUGUUGCCGAUCUGACAAAAGUGUCCAUCCCAUCUGUACCCGCCUCUUCCAGCGGUCUUAAACUGUCACCAUCAAACGAACCUACGGUUUCUCUUGCUAUUAUGGUAGUCCCAACGGCCAGCGGGAAUACCCAGAUUCAGGUUCGCCCUGAUACAACGACUGCAGAGGUGCUAGCUGCUGUAUGCCAACAAUGCCAUCUUGAGCAUCCACAAAACUAUGCGUUGUUGCGGCGCGAUCGUGGUGAGCUUAUUGACAUGCAAUUAAAAGCAGCCGACUUUCAGCAUGUGGACGACUUGGCCUUGGUUGAACGUACAUCAAUGCAGGCACAGGCUUUGUCCAAUGAUCUAGGGCCAGUACUUCAGCAACCCAAGUACAAGAACGCUAUGGACUUGAUCACUAACUACAAGUCCUAUGCUGUCAACCGGCGACACCACAUUGCCAUGGGCCGUCAAGAGCGUAUCCUUACCUUGGACGGCGACUGGAUCCACAUCUUACGGCCUACGGAAAAACGCUUAUCUCACUCUAAAACUACGUCGUAUCACGUCUCUUCCAUCAUGCGCUGUGAGCUCAACCCCCGUAUCCCAACUCAAUUUCGCAUUGUCGCCUAUCGUGAACGCUCGCGAGACACGAAGCGGUAUGAGUUUGAGACGGACGACAAGGACCGUGCGGCUGAAAUCGUGCACGAAAUCAAUCAUCUGCUUCAACAGUAG